GUUGCACUCCGACCUUCUCUUGCUUUCCACUUUCUUCCCCGGUACUCCUGUGGAGUUUGAGCCGGGACCGGAGGACUCGGGCGGACAUCUGCGAGCGGUGGCCGGCCCGGCGCUCAGCGGAUUGUCCCGGACCGGGCGAGGAGCCGGCGCCGCCUUCUCGCUGUGUCCAGCGCGGUGGCGGCUCGGGGGCCCGCGUCCCCGGGACCGCGGCACAAACUUUUUGGGCUGUCUGGGGACAUUUGUCCGGCGAGUCUCCCAUUGCGCCGGGAGGAGGAGCCACAGCCACCGAUAGAUUUUGAAAGUCGUCUUCUGGGGGUUUCCAGCAGUGCCAGAUGUUGGCGAAAUCUUUUCCACUCCUCUGAAGAGUGAAGCGAGUGAAUACAACCUAGCAAUUGGCUACUGAGAACAAUCACAGAUUUCGGAAGGUGACAAUGAAACAAGAAGUUACAUUUCUAAUAUGAUACUUGAAAGUUAGUGACUGCUUACCAAAUUUCCUUAAAAACCAAAUAUGACUUAGAAGCAUUGACAUAUGAAGUUUAUGAUGUCAUCGGUUUCGACAGAAAGCAAACUCCAGCAGGCUGUCAGCCUGCAGGGAGUAGACCCAGAAACAUGCAUGAUUGUAUUUAAAAACCACUGGGCACAGGUUGUGAAAAUCUUAGAGAAGCAUGACCCCUUGAAGAACACCCAGGCAAAAUAUGGGUUCAUCCCUCCAGAUGAGGCCAGUGCUGUGCAGAAUUAUGUAGAACACAUGCUCUUCUUGCUGAUUGAAGAGCAAGCCGAGGAUGCUGCAAUGGGGCCAAUUCUGGAGUUUGUGGUCUCUGAGAACAUCAUGGAGAAACUCUUCCUUUGGAGCUUGAGACGGGAAUUUACCGACGAGACUAAAAUUGAGCAGCUGAAGAUGUAUGAGAUGUUGGUCACCCAGUCACACCAGCCUCUGCUGCACCACAAGCCCAUUCUGAAGCCCCUGAUGAUGUUGCUGAGCUCUUGUGCAGGAACAACCACCCCUGCUGUGGAGGGGAAGCUGGUGGUCCUGCUCAAUCAGCUCUGUUCCAUCCUUGCCAAAGAUCCAUCCAUUCUGGAACUCUUCUUCCACACUAGUGAGGACCAAGGGGCUGCCAACUUCCUCAUCUUCUCCCUUCUGAUCCCUUUUAUUCACCGAGAGGGGACAGUAGGCCAGCAAGCUCGGGAUGCUUUGCUGUUCAUCAUGUCUCUCUCUGCCGAGAACAGUGUGGUAGCACAUCACAUCGUGGACAACACCUACUUUUGUCCAGUACUCGCAACUGGGCUCAGUGGUCUCUACUCUUCCCUGCCUACAAAGCUAGAAGAGAAGGGCGAGGAAUGGCACUGCCUUCUGAAGGACGACUGGCUUCUACUCCCUUCUCUUGUCCAGUUCAUGAACUCCCUAGAGUUUUGCAAUGCAGUCAUCCAGGUAGCUCACCCCUUGAUUCGCAGUCAGCUUGUCAAUUACAUUUACAAUGGAUUCUUGGUACCAGUCUUGGCUCCCGCUCUCCAUAAGGUGACUGUGGAGGAGGUCAUGACCACAACUGCAUAUCUGGACCUUUUCCUGCGUAGCAUCUCCGAGCCAGCACUACUUGAGAUCUUCCUCCGUUUUAUCCUAUUGCACCAGCAUGAGAAUGUCCACAUUCUAGACACACUUACAAGCCGAAUCAACACCCCAUUUCGGCUUUGUGUGGUGUCCCUGGCAUUAUUCAGAACUCUCAUUGGUUUACAUUGUGAAGAUGUGAUGUUGCAACUAGUUCUAAGGUAUCUGAUCCCCUGCAACCACAUGAUGCUGAGUCAGAGGUGCGCUGUGAAGGAGAGAGACUGUUACUCUGUUUCUGCGGCCAAGCUGCUUGCCUUGACCCCUGUCUGCUGCUCCAGUGGGAUCACGCUGACACUUGGGAACCAGGAGAGGGAUUAUAUCCUCUGGUCAAAGUGUACACAUGAUAGUUCAGGGCCCACGGAGCCACCGCUGCCCGAGGUGCCGUCGCCGUCGGCCUGCAUCGUGGAGUACGGGAGAGCCGUGGACAUCAGCUACCUGCAGUACCUGUGGGAGGCGCACAGCAGCAUCCUGCGCUGCAUGAGGGACUGCCGCGUCUGGUCUGCGCUGUACGACGGAGACUCCCCUGACCCCGAGGCGCUUCUCCAGAGUCAGACAGAGGAGGGCACCGGGAGCUCGGCCUACCCCGUGCUCAGGCUCCCGCCCCAGCUUCACAGGAGGACUGGACCUCGGCUGGCUCCGAGGAAGGACAAGAGCCAGACAGAGCUGGAAUGGGAUGACAGCUACGACACUGGGAUCUCCUCUGGGGCUGACAUGGGCUCCCCCGGGCCUUACAACGAUGUGGAGACUUCGGGUCCCCUGGUGACCAUUGACCCCCCCAAACACAUCCAAGAGAUGAAGAAAAAUGCCAUCCUGCUCUUCAAAGGGCCCUACAUCGAAGAAUCAGACUUUCAGGACGACGUGAUGGUGUACAGGCUAUGUGCUGAGAAGGACUCUGAAGACACCAGGGAUUCAGAGGAGGAAAAGGCAAGGCCACCUGCCGAAGCCCAGACCAAGGUUCAGAGCCCCCCCAUGAACAACGGCCCCCUCCCCAGCCCCCAGGUGGAGACAGAUUUGGAGGAGGAGCGUAGUAGGGAUAAUUCAGACCUGUUUCAAAAUGUAUCUGAGGAACCAAAGCGAGAGGAUGAGCCUGCAGUGGCCCAGGAAUCGGGCUCAGGGUUAACACCCCUUGUCUCCGAGGCAGAGCACAGUUCAAACCUAAUCGUUAUUAACCCAGAGAGCACAGAUUUCAUUGCCCAGUAUGACCAAAUCAUUAAGGAACUGGAUUCUGGCCCCGAGGGCUUGAUAGAACAGAAUUUCUCCCCACUGGAUCCCUUGCUUCUCACAGAGGAAGAAAUGAAGGAAGAAGACUGCAAAGGGGAAAAGGAGAAGAAAGAACUAGAAGAGGAGGAGGAUGACUUUGACUCUUUCAUAGCAGAAACUCCUGUUGUAGAGAACGUGCCUUCCCCAUUUGGGGUGAGAGAUGAGGCUGCCUUUGCCAGUCACCGUCCCGUGAGGACUCAGAGUACCCCGUUCACAGGCCCAUUCAUCAGCGUGGUCCUGUCGAAGCUGGAGAACAUGCUGGAGAACUCUUUGCAUGUUAAUUUGCUGCUUAUCGGGAUCAUUACUCAGCUAGCUAGCUAUCCCCAACCACUCCUGCGCUCCUUUCUGCUCAACACCAACAUGGUCUUCCAGCCCAGUGUACGCUCUCUCUACCAGGUUCUUGCAUCUGUGAAAAACAAGAUUGAACAGUUUGCUUCUGUGGAGAGAGACUUCCCAGGUCUCCUCAUACAAGCCCAGCAAUACCUGCUCUUCCGAGUGGACAUGUCCGAUAUGACCCCUGAGGCACUAACCAAAGAUCCUGCUCAGGAGGCUUCUAGGACAGGAAGUAGCAAGAACCUUUUGGAUGGUCCUCCAAGAGUACUUCAGCCCUUCCUGACAAACAGAGCCAAGGUGGCCGGGGCCCCCCCAAACCUGCCCCUGCCGGUGAGGAACACCAUGCUGGCUGCUGCCCUGUUCCCGGAGUUUCUGAAAGAACUGGCUGCCUUGGCCCAGGAACACUCCAUUCUGUGCUACAAGAUCCUGGGCGACUUUGAGGACUCCUGUUGUUAGCUUUUUUUAAAUAGAGGUUUGUUUUUAUAAGAUCUUAGUGUCUUGACUGAAUGUUAAAUGCAAAGCUGCUUACAAAAAUUUCUACUUUGAUAUUUCCUGACAAUACUUGAUUUGUGCAGAGGAGUAUCUCUCCUCUCUCUAGCCGGGUCUGUCCACCUUCGGUUUUAUAGAAUGUAAGUCUCAUAAGCUGAUUGCUCCCUGGGCGGUUUUCUUUGCUCAGUUCUUCCUCCUCACAUUUUUUGGUUGUUGUUCUUCCAUCCCUUCGAGUCACUCAUCUUGCAGCUCAGAUUGCACCAAGUACAUAUUGGGGUUCAGUGAUUUCUGGAAGUGCCCUGGGUCAGAAGACCGGCUCUUCACCAGCAUAUGAAGAAUGUACACCUGCAGCUGCACAAACGCUCCUGUUGCCUUCCGUGUUUUGGCUUCCAUUUUAUAAAAGGGGAGAAGACAGAAGGAUCCCCUCUUGCCUUCAUCACACAAGCACAUAUCAUACGUCUCCUUGAGUCCUGCUUCCAGGACUUGCAUUCUGCCCCAUGCGUAUUGCCUUAUGGUGCAGGCAGACCCACCAGUCUCAGCUCUCUGCCUGGGAAGUCAGCUGGAGUUGGAGAAGAUUUGGAAUGCAGGGAAUUUUUCUUGUUGCUUGAGAGCUUACUUUAAUCGGUCAAACACUACUUAAACACUGAAGAUGGCCUUAUUUUAGUAAGAUUUGCACAAAAUGAAGUAUGCCUGUGCAAACUGUUACUUUGGUUUUUAGGACUUUGAUCAGAUGAAGAAAGUGUGGUAUUUUCAUAUUCUUAUUAUAAGAACACAACCAUCAUUAUUUUUUCAAGUGUUUGAUGAAAACAAAAGGUUAACUCGUGAAGCUCUUUCAUAGUGGCUUUUUUGGGGGAGAGAUUGGAGUGGCAGGAAUAGAUAAAGGUAAACUAAAAAUGCAGCCUGUAAAAACACUGGUAAUUAUUUUAGAUCCUGUUUGCUUUUGCUAAUAUGUUGCACUUUGUAGAGAAACAGGAACUGUACAGCCCACUUUGGGCACUGGAGGUAAAUGCAAACUAGUGGUAGGGAGUCCUACAAAGCCAAGUGCCUGCUGGUGACUGGCUCCAUGCGCAAGUGUUGCCUUCUGAAUAAUGGGAUUCAUUAGAAGCCCCAGUGUGAUGUAUUAGUGCCUCUCUGCUGCUUUCUGGUCUGCUCCAAGAGGCAUAAUUAUACUUAGAGCCACAGCCAUGUUCAGCCACCACCAAGAGGGGUAAACACAAAAUAACCAUGAGCUAAAAAUGAGACCGUAGACAACUGAUAUUUAUGGAUAUUAAAUUCCACUCCCCUCUGCUUUGGGCCCAGUUCUGCAGGUGAGUAGCAGGUAACAAGGAUGAGCUCCCGUGUUUGGAUGGAGAUUGGAAUCCCCAGCGCGCUCUGUUCUCCUCGUGGGCAUCUCCCCGAGCCCUGAGGGCAGCCACAGGUCUGGUGGUUGUGCCUCAGGAGCACUAGCUUGGUCUUAAUCAGGCCCUAGCAUAGGAGGCCUGAACCUAUGUAGUCUUCAUCCUAACCCUAGUCCAGGAAGGGAAUAGAGGAAAGAGUCACAUCUGCAGCACUGUGGAGCGGACGCGGCCCUUUUGUGUUUCAGGGAUCUUGAAGCAGCUUUGUAUUGAGAGAUUGAGAGCCAGCCCGUGGAACGAAGACACCAGGAGUUCUGGCCUGGGCUGGGUGAGCUGUUAGGAGCCAGCCUAGGAGUGUUUCGUAGUCUAAGCAAGAAACCAAAGAUACUGAUUCACUGUACAUUUCUAACUUCGUUUGUCUGUCUUGAAAAACGGUUUGCGCAGCUGUGGUGCAACAGCCAGAAUGUUCGAGGCCUAGCAGACUAGCGUGUUCUUGGCUUCCUGAUGCCUAGCUGUAUUUGCACAACCCACAAGUCCCCAUUAGAAAGGAAGGCAGCUUAAGGUAGAGGAAGAGGAACAGUUAAAGAUGGAAUUUUAACUGCAGAUGAUCCUCUUUGUUUUGCACAAGUAUUUGUCUUACUGUUUGGAAUCACCAGAUCAUAAAAUGCUAAAGCCACAUCUGGAAACUGUACUCUUUAGCUUUUUGGUUUGAUUUUAUUAUCUGGUGGUGGUGUUGAUUCUUCUUCUUGAGUCCAUUAUUUCUUUAUUAUAGAACACUGUGGUCCCCAUUGUGGAAGGUACCCUUUGGGAAAGAGAUGGAUUUUGUGCCUCUUGUCAUUUUUCUCGAUAGGUACUGAAGUAGACUUACUUUAAAGGAGGACAGAGAUGACCGAUGACUUGGGUAACAGGCAGGAAAAUGUAUCUUCCAUGGUGGGGUGCUGGUAGCAAGCUCACAUGAUAACCCCCGCAACUCCUGAUUUGGAAUUGGAAAAUGGUUCAUAUUUCUGAAUCCAUUGCAGUUCUCUAGAGGUUGUGUCCAGGGUUUUGCAAAAUAAAGUCAGAAAAUUGACCUGGAAAUACAGUAAAGAGAAUUGGAAAAUCAGUGUGUUGAGUGAAAUAGCCAGGAGUGGGUUAUUCAGGGAAUGGUGUGGACAUGCCGAAAGAAAAACAGCAGACACCUGAGGCUAUAAAUAGGGGAGCAAAUCCUGAAUGAUUUGGGGAAGGGAAUACUGAUAUAGGCAGAUAUGAAGAUUCCAUAUAGCAGGUGGGUGAUGAUAGGAACUCCUUGGUGGGGAAAAAAAUCAUGGUAAUGAAGUACAAUAUUCCAGCCCUAAAGUAAAUUGGUGAGGCCCUUAGAAAUAUCUUUUUUGUAAAGUAUUUGGGGAAGAAAUUUUAAAGAUAUUUGGUCUGCUUAACAAUGUGGUCCAAGAGUGUGGACACUCUUCCACGUGACAGACCCCCACAUCAGAUGCUGUGCUACUUGUUGGAAGAACGUGGGGAAGAAAGAAACAGUAGACACAAGCCCUUCGGUGCAGCCCCUGAGCUGGCAUCACUAUGUCUGGCCUGAUGGUCCUGGGCAGUGAAGGGGAGUCGGGUUCUUGGGGCAUCAUGGCACUAACCUCAAUUCAUAGUUCAGAGUCUGAUUUAAAGUUCUAGACUGAGUGAAUUUUGUGGUUCAAAAAUAUACUGAGAGCACUGGGAUAUUUAAAAUUGAUUUUUGGAAAUGGCCAAGUAAAUGUUUUAAAAAUUUUAACGAAAUUCCAGGUUAGGUUCAGCCUAACACACAAUAUCAUGGGGUAAAUUACAAUUUCCCAGCCAUGAAAUGGGGAUGCUGGAAUAACCAAUUAGAGAUAUAAUUUUCUUUAUCAUCAGAUACUUCCUUUCCUUGGUAUUUACAGAAAUUGUGAAAUCGUCCCAUUUUAUGUAGUGUUACUGUGGAAAAUACUUUGGUGUGCUGGGGUUGGAGUUGAGGUCUCCGUCGUGUGUAGGGCGAAUACAUUCAGUACUUUUAUAGGUCCUCAGGAGAACCCUUUCCUUAGCAGGUGGCUUUUAUUUGGGUUAGCUAUAGUUGUUGAUUUUCAAUCUAGUAAGACAUUGGGGGGCCAGGGUGUCAUCAGGAAAGCAUUCUCUUAUGAAUAGAAUCUAGAAACAGGAUACAUGAAUAUUUGGGUUGCCUAUUUAAUUUGGGCAGUCAGUGGUACUCAGGCUUGACCAUUACUUUAGAUGUCUCUGAAUCACCUUGGCUGCAGUGGUCCUGUGGGCUGAUUCCCAGAUCUGUUCGGAGGUUUAGGGUUGUGGAGGGGCUGUCCAUUCUGAAUCUGGAUCAGUGUGUCUAGGUUGCUUUGAUUAGGGCAGCACUGCCCCAGGAAGGGUGGGACGUGUCACUGGUGUGAUGUUAAAUAUCUGCAUACACUCCAGUUCUCGUUUAAGGGCCGUUCAAUUGCUAAUUACCAGUCCCGUGUUACUGAAAUGGCUGUCAGGCUUGCCAUUUUUAUGAAACACUUUAUUGCAGGACAGCUAAUAUUGCACAUGCUACUUCAAAUCACUGGCCCAGGCCCAUGUAAUGUGUGGUUUGCUGUGUACCUCAGCCAGCUUUGCAGUAUUAGCUCUUUCUGGAAUCAGCAGUCCUCUUGUAGUUAAUGUCACGUCAGCUUUAAGUCACUAAGAAGAUAUUCUGGGCCCCUUCUUGCUUCAGCUAUCAGUCUAUAAAUCACACAACUCUAAUUCUCCAUCAAAUAGCUUAAAAUAGAACACUGUCAAACCAGUUUAUACUCCACCUGUAAAUCACAUCAUUGAGGAAACAUUUUAAGAAAAUGGAGUUGACUUUUUUCUUUCUGAAUGACCGUCAUAAACCUAAUGUUUUAGAAAGAGCUCUCAGAAGACUAAGAAUGGUUUUCAGGAUAAUUUUACCUCAGUAAAUCCUCUCUACAUUCAGGCAUUUAUUAGGUUAUUACUUGUUUGGGAGGGCAGAUUAUCCUGGCAGCUCAUUAACUGGAUAAACAGGGCUGUAGUGAGAGAUUUUCAGUCAGGUUCUUUAGGGAAAAGAAGGACCAGGACAGGGGGUUGGGUGGGGGAGCCUCUUGCACUUAGAAUCCUAAAACUGAUCAGGAAUUUUAGCUAGGACUGACCUUUCCUAUCCUGUCAGGUCGCUAUGAAUUUUUUCCCUGUCAUACAAGAUGUAAGUAAACCUAACUCACUGUCACCCACACAAGUAACAAAACUGUCAAUAGGAUUCUGUCAGCAUGAGUUCAAUAUGCAUUUCAGGUGUCUUUUGGGGAGUUUAGAUUUACUACAUCAUUUCAGAACCCGGCAAAGAUGCUGGAAGCUCUUAGGCCAGAUUAUAAAUAUCAUGGAGCUGAGGCUGCAGAAAUCUGUGCUUCUUAGUGUGUCAUGUAAGCUGGCUGCCUACUGGGAUGAGUUUACAAAAGGCCCACCUAUAACACAGCCCCUUUUUGCCCUGCAAAUAUUUUAAAAGAGGGAAUUUGGCAUUGAUGAUCUUAAUUAAAUUAUUUUUGUGACAUCAUUUGACUAAGGGAGGCAAUGAGAGGGUUUCAAUCAGAUGUUUCCCAUCUCACAAUCCAGGGUCAACUCUGUUCACAGAUAAUCCAUGAAUGCAUUUGUCUAACCCCUGCUGAAGGAACAUGGCAGCCACUUCUAUGCUGCUUUUGAUAAUGGAUAAAUAACAUGGCCUUCUGGAUAAACUUAGCGAUUUUUUCCCCAAUGGUCACUAUGUAGAAUCUUUAAAACAAUGCAGCUAAAUUCAAUUGAAAUGAAAAUACAAUAUGAAUUGUGGGUCAUGGCCACAAGCUAUGUACUGAAUUAACCGACUCAAAGCUGAAGGAGGUUGUGUACUUGCAACCAUUUCAUGGCCUCCUUCCAGAUUAGCAAUAAUUACUAAAAAAAAAAAGUGGGGAAGGGAGGAGAGCUCACCUAAAAUAGACUUGCCUUGGGUAGUAAUGAUCCAAGUUCUUUCUCCUAAGCCAUGUACACCUUGAAAGACAGGAACAGAAGUUCACUUUGAUGCGUAAGCAUAGACAGAGAUAAAAAGCUCCUUUUUAGACCCAGAUGACCCAGAAUUGAAGAGCCUACUAAGGUGGCAGCACCAGCCUGCCUUACAAAGGGGCCCUACAGAAGGUUGUCCACUGCUCUGUUCCAUAACUGAACUUUUACUGAACACUUCCUCUGUGCUAGGUAGCGUGCUGGUGAUAUUCCUAGGUUUCCACCAGGACUGUGCAACUAACCAGCCUCCUCCUCAAGCAACAGAACAUGUGGUUUGGGCUUGGCCAGGCAGGGCUGGUUCAGACCAGUCUGGGGGAGAGCCAGUUUUCCAGCACAUUCCCCUCCCAACCACAGCCUCAGCAUUGUACCUACAGGUAUACGGAUUCCAGUGACAGAUGGCAAUGGCUUCACCUAUGCUGCCAGCUCAUACAUUUUAAUGAGAUUUCCCCCUGAAUAGUAAACACUGAACCAGACUAAAUUCACACUCAUGCAAGAAUGUAAAAUUGUAUUUCACCGAGGCCCAUUCACCAGCAGAGCCGUACUUUGUGAUUCUCUUAGGGUAUUAUGUAAAUGUAACUUUUCAAUAUCUAGUCAGGUUCCAGUCAGAGCUGUGCUUUGAUUUUUUUCUAGCGGAGUGAUAACACACAGUCUGGUUUUCAGUAUUUCAGAAGUUGGUAUUCAAGACAACAGGCAGUUGUCAGAGCUGGAUGAGAAUUAGCCUUGUAAAGAUCAAAUGUUUUAACGAUGGCAUUUUUCUCUGGGAAUAAUCAAGCCCAUAAUACAGUUUUCAUUUGAUUUGACAGAAUAGUUUUGUUCAACUUUCUUCAUUUGUCUGCACCCCCACUUAAGUAAGCCCUUGAUUAGAAAUGGUUUGAAAAGAUCCGUCCGUGUUUUCUGUAAGGACUAAUGGCUAAGAAGCCAGAACCUUUGGUGAAAAUGCUUAUAAAAACAAAACUGAACCUUAUUAUUUCUUACAAAAUAAAGACGCUGCCAGAUUCCAAUCUCAGGCCACCUUUGCCCAUUUGUAAUUCAGAGACUUGUGGAGCAAGGAGAGAAACGAUUGUACCGCCCUUGUAGAGAGGGUUAGUGAAGAUUACUUUUAGACCCAGCAGUCUUCAGUGCAACAACAGAAUAUGGGGCAGGCAACUUAUCCUCUUACAAUUCUAAGUCACUAAUUUUUAGAAAGUUACUUCUUAAAAAUGUCACCUCCUCAUGCUUGUCUAAAGUAAAGCACACAACGGGUUUCCCUUCUAUCCCUGCUCUUUUGGCUGGGCAAGAGGGGCACUUUUCUCAUCAGUCUUUAUUAGGGAAGUCCUGAGCAAUGCUGGGAGCCAUUAGUCACUAAAUUGGUGAUGGAGGGGGAGUGUCCGCUUUUCUCCAGUUCCCCAGCUGCCACGGGAGCAAGGUUCAUGACGGAAAUGUUUUACUGUUCUCAGUAGGCUAGAGAAUUCACGGUUUAAAGUCAGGGCCUCCAAGAUUUUAUUCUCUUGCUUAUGUCACAGCUUAUUCGAGAAGUACUUUUAAAAAAACAGCAUUUGCAAAACUGUUCUUUCAAGUAAGCACUGUCAGAGGUAACAAAGGCCUAUAAUGAACAAAGGGGCGCCCCAGUGCAUUUGCAUAGAGAGGAACAGUAUUAUUGUCACUGGAACAGAAGCGGCGGCAGCCCCGCCAUCAUUGAUAGCAUUGGCUGCACCGUGAUUAUUGGUAAAGGUCAAGAUUUUGAUUUACUAGCUUAUCAUCAUUUUUUCCAGGCAAAACAAAUCAAUUUAAUCUUACAGCUUUUUUCUUUUUAUCUUUUUUGGCCUGAUGGUGGGGGUGGAGGGGGACUUGUCAACUGCACAGUCUUUGGAGUGUAAGUUCAUUUUUUAUGUGAUAUUAUUUCAGUAUAUAUUUUAUUAAAUUUAUUUGAAAACUUGUUGUCUUUUUAAAAAUUCAUUUACUCUCAGACCUAUGUCUUCUGGGAUCCCCAUGGAGUUGAAUGAACAAUAUCACUUUUGCUCAGUGGAUGAGUGUUUACUGCUAAUAACUAAUACUAAUAUCCUCCUUCCCUACCCUCGAGACCUCCCUAAACAAAUGUGUGUUUACACUGUGCCAAUUUAUUAUGUUUUCAUCUUCAUUAACCUAUUUUUAGGUUUAAAUAUAUAUUGUAUCCAAA